UUUGACGUUUCCGAGACGUGGCGAUUUCGUGGCAUGACGAAUAAGAAACGUAGAGUGUUGAGACUUUCUGCUUAGUUCAGUUUAAACAGGUAGUAGGUGUAAUUCUACUAAGACUAACAUAUAGUGAUAUUAUAUUAAUUAUUCUUGUGAUACAUCAAAGUAUGGACCGGGGAUCAAUUUUAUUAGUUUUUCUUCUAUUUUCGUUUGCUUAUACCGAACCAGAAGAAAAUAUGGGACCACGUGUACUAGUUUUUAAACAAAUAUUGAAUAAGUAUUUAGUUGAAAGUAAGGAUAUUGAAGUUAAAUAUACUUUAUUCAAUGUUGGAACUUCAGCAGCUGUUGAUGUACAACUUAUUGACAAUGGUUUUCCUCCUGAAGCAUUUGAAGUUGUUGGAGGACAUCUAAAGGCAAAAUUUGAAAGAAUUUCACCUCAGUCUAAUGUUACACAUGUUGUUAUUGUUAGACCUCUGCGGUAUGGCUACUUUAAUUUCACGAGUGCUGAGGCUACUUAUAAGUUUGCAGAUGACACAACAGGAAAGCUUCAAGUAUCAUUGAGCAGUGAACCGGGUGAAGGUGGCAUCAUUGCAUUCAGAGACUAUGAUAAAAAAUUUUCAUCACACUACUGGGACUGGCUGGCAUUCGCAUUUAUGACAACACCAUCUUUGAUCAUCCCUCUUGUUUUGUGGUACAGCAGUAAAAGCAAAUAUGAAAAAUUGGCUAAACCAACCAAAAAAACGCUUUAAAGGGAAAUAUCUCCAAGUUUUUCAAUAUUUCAUUUUUUUAUCGAUCAUUGUAGUCAUUGUAAAAUAUGCUUUAUGAUUUCAUGUUUUAUAUGAAUCAAUUCUAUGUACAAUGAAGCUAUAUUAAAUUAUUUUGUUAAUAAUCUAAUUUUUUACUUUAUAUGUACAAAGUAUCGGUUUCGUGUAUACUAUAUAUGUCUAUUAUAUGGACUAAACUGUA